UAGUCAAAAGAAACCAUACCAAACGAAACGGCCUGAUCUAAAGCGCGAGCGCCAGACACCGAGCGCUAGGAGACGAGACGACGACCUCUCUCUCGCUCUCUCUCUCCCCACCUCCGAUCUUCCCCAAUCGAAAACCUAAUCCCAUAGCAGCACCUCAUUCCUCCGCUCGCUCUCGUCCGUCAUGGAUCCCGAGGGCGCUGCGGCCUCCGCCGAUUCGAAUCCCCUUCCUGACCCCGACGCUGAUCCCGGUCUGGAGGAUGCCGGCGAUGCUACCGGCGCCGAAGGGACGUACGCUAGGAGAUCUCUUCCAGAGGACCUCUGCCCCACUCCGAAUCCUGGCGAGCCCGACUCUGUCCCCGACGCCGAUCAUGUCGUAGUGGAUCGGAUGAAUUCUCUUGACCUGGAGGACGAAGGAGAAACUGCGAGCGCCGAAGUCUUGGGCAGCGAUGGAUCUGCGCCCGCGGAUUUCUACCGGAAGCCUAAUCCUGAUGACUCUGAUGUUAACCCUGGGGCGGAGCCUGCCAGGGCCCAGGAUACGAGUUCUCUCGACUUUGAGGACCCUGGGAGUGCUUCGGGCGCUGAACCGCCUUCCGGUAACGGAACCCUGCCCUCGGAUUUCUACAUGGUUGAGAGUGAGAUUGAGGUCGUGGAUGAGGGCUGUCAGGUAGUUGGGGAUAUGGCCGGCACUUCGUCGCUUGGUGUCCGUGGUGCCUGGAGGGAGGGUUCAGAUCAAGACGGAGAUGUGCCGCAUAGUCCCAGCAGCAGUGGUUAUGCCGGCGAGAGGGGAAGCAGUGGAGGACUGUCCAGCGGAAUUGAGGAACUUGAUGAUCCAGGGGCUUUGUCGGAUGAUUGGAGUCGUAAACGUCAUCGUGAUGAGGACGAUGGAUCAAUCUCAUGGAGAAAGAGAAAGAAACACUACUUUAUUCUGAGUCAUUCUGGGAAGCCAAUUUUUUCUAGGUACGGAGAUGAGCAUAAAUUAGCUGGAUUUUCAGCAACCUUGCAGGCUAUUAUCUCUUUUGUUGAAAACAGUGGGGAUCAUAUCAAGCAUGUAAGAGCAGGGAAUCACCAGGUGGUUUUUGUUGUUAAAGGUCCAAUCUAUUUAGUGUGCAUAAGCUGCACGGAAGAACCAUAUGAGGCUUUGAAAAGACAAUUAGAACUUCUUUAUGGUCAGAUGCUGCUUAUCUUGACAAAGUCUGUUAACAGAUGUUUUGAGAAGAAUCCAAAAUUUGACAUGACUCCUUUAUUGAGUGGAACUGAUGCAGUUUUCUCCUCUUUGAUCCAUUCCUUCAGCCGGAACCCUGCUACAUUUCUCCAUGCAUAUACAUGCCUUCCUCUUAGCUUUGCAACAAGACAAGCUGCUGGUGCUAUUUUACAAGAUGUUGCUGAUUCAGGGGUUCUGUUUGCAUUAUUAUUGUGUAAGCACAAGGUUAUCAGUCUUGUUGGAGCUCAAAAGGCAUCCCUGCAUCCUGAUGACAUGCUCUUACUCUCCAACUUUAUAAUGGCUUCUGAAUCAUUCAGGACUUCUGAGUCUUUCUCACCAAUUUGCCUACCCAGAUACAAUCCAAUGGUGUUCCUUUAUGCUUACGUCGAUUUUCUUGAUGUGGACACCUAUUUGAUACUACUCACUACUGGUCCAGAUUCCUUUUAUCAUCUAAAAGAUUGCAGGAUUCGCAUUGAGUCUGUGCUUGUUAAAUCAAAUGUCUUGUCGGAAGUUCAAAGAUCUGUGCUAGAUGGUGGACUACGUGUUGAGGAUGUACCAGUUGAUUCCUCUCUUCGCUCUGGGUCUCUGCCACCCCAUUUAUCUGCUGAAAAAGCAUCAUCUGAAUUGUCAUCUUCCAACACCAUCAUUGGAGGCCCCUCUGGACUUUGGCAUUUCAUUUAUAGGAGUAUUAACCUUGAUCAAUAUGUAUCAUCGGAGUUCUCAUCACCCAUAAGCAGUUCUAGUCAACAGAAAAGACUGUUCAGAGCUUACCAGAAUUUGUAUGCAUCAAUGCACGAUGAAGGGACCGGUCCACAUAAAACACAGUUCAGACGGGAUGGAGAUUUUGUUAUCCUUUGCUGGAUUACUCAGGAUUUUGAACUUUAUGCAGCAUUUGAUCCUCUUGCGGACAAGGUUCAGGCAAUCAAAGCGUGCAACAGAGUCUGUCAAUGGGUAAGAGACUUAGAAAAUGUAAUAUUUUUAUUUGGAGCCAGUCCCUUCUCUUGGUGAUCUUUUUACCCAAUAAAAAUAUAUAUGAGCCAGUAUCCUGUAGAAUCAUGUGAAACAUCUGUGUUAUGCAUUCAUAAUUUUGUAAGAUUUUUUUUUUUAAAAAAACUUUUUAAUACUAUGA